AUGUCUUCUGGAGCAGGGAUCCGCCGACUGCCUCUUGAUGUUAUCGCCAAAAUCAGAUCAUCGACUUCGAUCGCUGAUUUGAAUGGGGUGGUUAUAGAGCUGGCCAAGAACUCAUUGGAUGCAAAUGCGCAUACGAUACUCGCAACCGUCGACUUCAAGCGUGGCAGCUGUAUAGUCGAAGAUGACGGCGAAGGUAUCCGUCCGGAUGAAUUUGAGUCUACUGGUGGGCUUGGAAAGAUGCAUCAUACGUCAAGGUUCCAAAAGAGAGAUUCAUAUGGUCAUCGAGGCCUCUUCUUGGCUUCACUAGCUUCAUUGUCCUUGAUGACCGUGACUUCUCGCCACGAAAAGUAUCAGAGUACAAAUUCGGUCAUAUUUCACCAUUCGAAGCCGGUGGCCCGGUUGCUUCCUGCACCAGCACAUCAACGCCUUCAGACUGGUGAACAUGGCACGAGUGUUACCGUCAAUGAUCUCUUUGGCAACAUGCCAGUACGGGUCAAAAGUCGAGCCUUGGCUUUUCAAAGGCCGGAUGAGUUGGAGAAGGAAUGGGAGAAUCUCAGAAACCUUUUGGUCUCUCUGAUGUUGGCCAAUUCGCAGUUUUCGAAGCUUGUUAUUACCGACGUGAUACGUGACAAAAGGAUAUCCAUUCGCUUCGUCUCCCAUACUGGAGACCUUGCAGACAGCUCUAUAUCUACAACAGACCUCAGACGCAUUGGAUCUAUCCUCGCACAAUCUGGAAUGAUCAGUUCCAGAAACAUGAACUCUUGGCACGUUUUAUCAGCUACCAUUCUCGAUCUCACGAUUCGGGCUGCCAUUUCUACCGUGCCCAGCCCGUCCAAGAAACUUCAAUUCAUUUCUUUGGGUGAUGACCCGGUUUUGUCACGGAGCAAUUCAAACAUAUUAUACAACGAAGUCAACCGAUUAAUGUCUCUGUCGGACUUUGGAACCGCCAGACCAGGUUCAAAUGGCACGCCUUCAAUUUGCCCAUCGCCACUCGUGGACGGCACUCAUGGCCCAGGAAGUACGAGUGGCAGAAGCUGGGCUAAGCCCAUCAACAAAUGGCCAAUGUUCUACGUACGGAUCGAGUCAGGAAAUAUUCAAGACUUGUCUGGUGAUGAGUUAUCGCCGGAUUCCGAAAGAUCUAUACAGCGUAUCACGGAUGUCCUUGGCGCCAUGAUUCUAGAGUUCCUGAAACAGCAACAUAUGCGACCCCGUCCCGCGAAGCGGCAAGCCAAAGAAUCGGAUCGAACCCCGUCAAUUACAACCUCUGGCCAGAAAGGUCAUCGGUUUCAUGCAAACUUGGAGGCAGGUUCAAAUACAGAAGAGGCUUUAAGUAGCCAGCUCAAGCUUCCAUUUUUUCAAAGAUCUCAAGCUAUAAUUUCGGGUCAAAAUUUCAAUCAUUGGUCCAGGGUCAAGACCGCGAAAGUUAGCUCUGGUCGUACGUCUCCAGCCGGACUAUUGAAUGAGAACACUGGUACUGGGGACGAAGGACGGGGCGCAGAGCAAAAUCGCUCAAUGUCAGAUUUAACACAGACCACCACGGGGCGCAGGCAACGCGAUUCGACUUUUUCAAUGCAUCCCGAUCAAACAUUCAGGCGAUCAGCUUCAUUAAAAACCAGCAGACAUUUUGUUGUUGAUGAUAAUGAAGGCGACACGCGCGCACCACCAGACCAGCCUAUCCGCUGGUUUGAUCCGCAGACAGGAAAAACACAUUUGAUCAACCCGCGUACAGGUCAGACUAUGAACAGCAAGCCAGCUUCUUCUAGGUUCUCGUUAUGGUCUGGUAGCCUGGCUGCCAACCGGGAACAACCUGACCGCGAGCAGUGGCCAGGUUCUAUGAUCGACCCUUCUGGGGGUCAGUGGGUUGAAGGCUUACUGGAAUCAUGGGAGAACCCAGUGUUCACUCGAUCUGAAAAGCCACUAGCAAAUAUUGAUGUUCCAGCCAUGUCUCACAACUGUCUCCAAGGAAUUGGGUCUCUGGAUGCUUCUCAUCUUGCCAAGUUCAGAGGCAAGAUACAGCGUCACAGUCUAGCAACUUCCUCCAUCAUCGCCCAAGUGGACCAAAAAUUCAUUCUUGUGAAGAUGCACUCAGAAUUUGCGCAGCAUCCUGGCUAUGACUUGGAGGGUGUGCUAGUCUUGAUUGACCAACACGCAGCGGAUGAGCGUUGCCGGGUUGAGCGGUUGUUUGAAGAAAUGUUCAUCUCAACAGAAUCUUCCACAGCAGCAAGUCAAGUCCGAAUGGUUGAGAUUGAUCCUAUAUCGUUCAACGUCUCAUCUAUUGAAAGUGCACUCUUUCGAAAAUACUUGGGGUUCUUCCAAACAUGGGGUAUUCACUACAACAUAGAUGCGAAGUUAGUUUCUACGGCAACUGUUUCUAUUCAUUUCCUCCCAGUUCUCAUCGCCGAGCGCUGUCGAUCUGAACCUAAUUUGAUACUUGACUUGUUACGCCGUGAGAUCUGGACAUGCGAGGAAGACGAUCAGAGGCCACUGGGCUCGAAAAGAUCGUCCACCGAGCACUUCGCAGAUAUGUCACCAAACGAGCCGAGUGGUGCUCAUUCGUGGGUACAGCAAAUGAGCGGCUGCCCCCAGGGCAUUCUAGAUCUUCUCAACUCUCGUGCCUGUCGCUCAGCGAUCAUGUUCAAUGAUCCCCUGAGCAUCGAAGAUUGUAAGGUUUUAGUCUUAAGACUUGCUAAAUGCUCUUUUCCAUUUCAAUGCGCCCACGGGCGACCAUCAAUGAUCCCGAUUCUGGACCUACGACCACGCACAGUGCACGGCACAACACCAUCUGAUGAAAACAUCACGAUGUACGAUGUGGAUGAUGAUGAUAAUGACGAAAACAAUGACGAGGGGUCGGAUUUCAUAGAGGCGUUCCGGAAACGAUAUGUAAAGUAG